AUGGGCACUAUAGAAAGAUAUGGUUCAAUGAAGCGAUACGACUAUGUCAUCACUGCACCUGAUGAUUGUAUUACUGUCAUAUAUACGAGUGGAAGCUUAGGAUUUCCUAAAGGAGCUAUGAUCUCCGAAAAUGCGUUUAAAAAUAAUUUUCCACGAUUAAAUAUAACAUUCCGAGAUGAACGUAUCAAAUUCUGUUACCGACCGCUUGCAUGGGCAACUGAUCGUGAAGGUUCAAUCGCAGUAUUUCUCGAAGGAGGACGAAUAGGAUUUUCAACGGGUGAUGUAACUCGUCUAAUGGAAGAACUAGCUCUAGUCAGGCCGACGAGCUUUUCUGCUCCACCAACUAUUUGGAAUAAAAUUUAUGCUGAAUAUAAAGCAACCCUUUCAUUAAUGACUACCGAUCAAUCAACUAUUGAUGUGGCAAUGGCUGAAGAGACUCUUCUUCAACAAUUUGCAAAAUUAAUUCCAAUACGAUGUAAAAUUCUUUCUAUUGGUGGUGCCAUGGUUAGUUCGACAGUGCUCGAUUUUAUGAAACGUUGUUUUCGACAUUGUCAAAUCAUGGAAUCAUACGGAACUACUGAAUGCGGUAGCAUUACAUUUGACAAUCUUAUUGAAAUGACCAUCGAUUAUCGUCUUGAAUCAGUACCAGAAAUGUGCUAUACACUUGAUGACAAGCCAUUUCCACGAGGUGAGCUAUUGGUUAAAACGAAGACGAUGUUUUCAGGAUAUAUGAAUAAUCCUGAAGAAACAAAAAUGGCAUUUACCGAUGAUGGAUUUUUUCAUACUGGAGACAUUGUUGAGUUACGUCGUGUGAAUGAUGGACAACUUAAUCUACGUGUUAUUGAUCGAAAAAAAAAUUUCUUCAAACUUUCUCAAGGACAAUUUGUAUCACCAGAAUUUCUUCAAGAAAUUUAUAUGCAAAGUCCAUUCGUUGAACAAAUGUACAUUCAUGGUAAUCCUCUAGAAGAUUCUGUUGUAGCAGUCAUAGUACCAAACAAAGAGUAUGCUCGAGCAUUUGCUAUCAAACAUAAUCUAACUGAAUUUGAUAAUAGUCGUCCAGAUAAAUUGUUUUAUGAUGCUAUCAUGCAAGAUCUACGUUUAUUAGCUACGAAAGAAUCACUUCGAAAACACGAAAUUCCGUCUAGAUUAAUCAUUGAUUUUGAACCAUUUACAUCUGAAAAUGGUUUGCUCACAUCAUCAAUGAAACUUUGUCGUUAUCGAUUGGCUGCUCAUUAUGCUGAUCGAUUAAAAGCUGUCGAGUCAAUUGAAGAUCGCUUAAAAAGUAUGAUUGAAAAAGCAACAGGACAUCAAUUAGCAAUAGAUCAAGCAACAAAUUUUAUAUCUAUCGGUGGUGACUCAUUGUCUGCUGUGCGUCUCUCUCGUAUGAUAUACGAUGAUCUCGGGGUACCUAUACCACUCAAUAUGUUUUUCAAAUCUAAUAUGACUUUAGACAAUCUAGUAAAUAUAAUUAAAAAUCCAUCACAAAUCUUAUCGUUUCCGGACUCGAUUAUACCUCAACUAUUGAACGAUUCCGUACAAGAACUCAAUAUAAAGAUUGGUGAAAAGAAAAAUGGAAAUAUGUUGCCUUCAACAAUUUUUAUUACAGGAACCACCGGAUUUGUAGGUUCUUUCUUACUAGCCGAAUUAUUGAAAGUGUAUCCAGCCGAUUGCAAAUUCAUUUGCCUUGUCCGAUGUCAAGUUUCAAUAAAUCCGUUAGAUUGUAUUCAAGAAAAUAUGAUAUUUCUUCAAUUGUGGAAUGAAGAAUUCCGAGAUCGUAUUAUCGCAUUGCGUGGCGAUCUUGCCCAAGAACACUUUGGACUUGAUAAUGAAACUUAUUCGGAAUUGGCUAAUCAAAUAGAUAUUAUUUUUCAUUGUGGAGCUACCGUUAAUUUUAUACUACCUUACAACAAACUCUACAGUUCGAAUGUUUCUGGAACUCUGGAAGUGAUACGUCUUGCGACUCAUACUGCUACAAGUAUACCAGUGCAAUACAUAUCAACAAUUAGUGUACUACCUUCGGAAAUGAAACAAGAAGUACAUAUCGAUGAAAUCUCUCCUAAUCAUUUGAAAAGUGGUUAUGCACAAAGUAAAUGGGUAGCAGAGAAGCUGAUUGCAAAGGCCAAUCGUUUAGGUCUACCAGUUAAUAUCUAUCGGCUUGGAUCGAUUUGGGGAAAUACAGAAACUGGUGCUUGUAAUCAAAAUGAUAUCAACACACUAUUAUUGGCAGCAAUCAUGAAAACAGGCUGCUAUCCAACGACAGCCUCCAAUAUAAAACUAAAUGGUUUACCAGCUAAUUUAGCUGCUCAAAGUAUUGUAUUUUUGAGUCACAUUCAACCAAAUAUUUACGGUAAAACAUAUAAUAUUAUUCAAUCGAAUGAAGGAAUAUCAUUUCAAAAUAUAAUUGAAAAUAUUCAAAAUUGUGGAAUUACACUUGUCAGUUUGUCUUACGACGAAUGGAAAGUCAAGUUAAUGUCACAAUCAACAACAAAACGUCCAUUCGAAUCGAUUGUAGAAUUUUUCACGAACAAUCCAUUCGAACGAAUGUCAUCGUCACAGCCAUCAUCUAGUAAUAUACUUCAAUUGACAUUUCCAGCAAUUGAUGAUGUUUAUAUCAUGAAAUGGUUAACAUUUAUAUUAAAUAAUAUUGUUCAUUGA